ACGUCCACUGGCCAACGAAACUUUGAUUCAUACCCAGCCGCGGGGAGUUCUUCUUCCCGGCUCCAUGGAGGACCGACGGCCCGCCUCGGCGCGCGGAGCGGCGCGCGGAGCUGCGCGGCAGCCGAACGAGGAGCGAGUGCGGCCGCUGUCGGCGAGGCUGGCUGGCCAUGGGGUGGAACCCCCCGAGCUGGGCCUCGCAGAGGUCCUGGCGUCCGCGUGCCGCGACCAAAAUGGCCUGCCGGGGGAGUUCAAAUGCCCGGAGGCGGCGGUCUUGCGCUUGGCGCCCGGCGGCAGGCUGCGGCCCUGUAGGUCGGUGAGCUGCUGCUGGCGCUGGGCGGCCUGCGAGCUGCUGGAUGAGUGCCUCGCAGCGGCGAAAGGCGCCGCGGAGAUGCGGAAGGUGCUGGAGGAGGAGCUGGGGGACUCGAUCCUCGAGAAGCUCCUGGGCCUCGAAGCGGAGCACCAGGCGCUGCAGCGUCGGCUUCAGGAGCUGCGGCAGGAGCUGCAGAGGGAGCAGAGCUGCCGCCGGAGCCUGGAGGAUCAGCUGGUGCAGAUGCAGAAGCAGGUGGACGAGGCGGAGCUGCGGGCCCUGCGCAGCGCGCAGCUGGCGGAGCGGAGCCAAGCGGCGCAGGAGCGCGCCGAGGACGCGGCCAGGGAGCUUGCGGAGGAGUUGGAACGGCAGGCGAAAAACAGCCCUGAGGAGCUGCGAAGGAGAACAGCAGAAGCAGAAGCGGAAGUGGUGCGAGUCAGAGCGGAGUGUGAGAAAACCGUGGAGAAGCACCAGAGCGAGAUGCUCCACGAGCGCGAGCUGAAGACCACCUACUAUUUGAAGGUCAAGGAGCUCGAGGCCAUGGAGAAUCUCAUCGCCAAGAAGCACGCCAAGCAGCGGCGCCUGAAGAAGCUGAAGACCUGACGCCGCCCCGCGAAACGCGCGCGCGCGCGAAGCGCGCCAGGCGCGGAGGCGUGCGUGGCGCAGAACUUGGCUUCAGGAGAGAAAGGGCUGG